AUCCUCCCCUUUAAGCGGGUUGUUUAGUGCCCUCCGUCAGGAGGUAGGGACGGGGUGUGCGGCCCGGCGCGCUGGUUCCUAGCCGGUGUGUGCACGCGCGGCGCAGCGAGGCGAGGAUGUCUGGCUGGGACCGGGAGAUGGGCUUCGGGCCCGGGGGCUCGGGUCGGGGCGGCGCGGGGGACGGGCGGAUCUACGUGGGGAACCUGCCGGCGGACGUGCGGGAGAAGGACCUGGAGGAGCUUUUCUACAAGUACGGCCGCAUCCGCGACAUCGAGCUCAAGAGCAAGCGCGGCCUAGUGCCCUUCGCCUUCGUGCGCUUCGAGGACCCGCGAGAUGCAGAAGAUGCAGUUUAUGGGAGAAAUGGUUAUGAUUAUGGUCAAUGCCGACUGCGUGUUGAGUUCCCCAGAUCCUCCCGAGGUCGGGGUGGAGGUUUUGGUGGGGGGCUGCGUGGGAGGAAUGGCCCUCCGUCACGACGUUCUGAAUUUCGAGUCCUUGUUUCAGGGCUUCCUCCAUCAGGCAGCUGGCAGGACCUGAAGGAUCAUAUGCGUGAAGCUGGUGAUGUUUGUUAUGCAGAUGUACAGAAAGAUGGAAUGGGUGUAGUUGAGUUUCUCCGCAAGGAAGAUAUGGACUACGCAUUGCGUAAACUGGAUGACACCAAAUUCCGCUCUCAUGAGGGUGAAACUUCCUAUAUCAGAGUCUGUCCCGAAAGAAGUACCAGCUAUGGCUACUCGCGGUCCCGUUCUGGUUCAAGGGGUCGUGAUUCUCCAUACCAAAGCAGGGGAUCACCACGCUACUCAUCCCCCUUCAGGCCAUACUGAUUGCAUCCAACAGGGACUUUUUAAAAAUGUGAACUGAGCCUCUUUUUUGCUCGGAAGUUACAUUCCAAGACUGAUGGAUAUAGUCUUUCGUAGGAGCUCUUUGUUUUUCCCUUUUAUUAAAUAAAAAUCUUUUUUUUAACGACUUACAGUUUUUACUAGGGAAAUGUUGUUGGUAAUGAAAUAUUUUGAACCUCUGCAGUUCAGUUUUGUUUUUGGUUUGGAAAAUGUCAAGUGUACUUUUUUCCCUCCUAACUGAGGAAAAAUAAGCUUGAGAAUUAGCACAGUAACUAUUGGUGGCUUGUCUGCAGGACGGUGAUAAAAAGCAAUGGAGUGACUGUAUGACUCAGCCUGUUGUGUAGAAAUAUAUUUAAAUGUUUUAGUAACUCAUAA